CGCGUUCAGACGAGUACAUUUACUUUCGAUUUCCACUUCCUGCUUUGGACUUGUUUUUAGAUCCACUGGGUCCAAACGACGAUGUCUCAGACCUGCUGAAAACUCGUCUCUAGACAGUUAGGAAACUACAAAUACCUGAGGCUAUGUUCUUCUACCGUCUGAUUGGUUAGUUCAGCUACAUGUGAUUACCGCACACAAAAUGGAUUUCCAGAGGUGCCUCUUGAAUGUAGCGAAGGCCCUGUGUGAGGACGAGGUAAAAGCUUUAGCAUUUCUUUGCACCGACCUCCUGGGCCGAAACGCGACUUUAGUGGAGUCGGCUAGUGAUCUCUUCUUACGUCUGGCGGAUCAAGACCACCUCUCUGCCGAGCAACCACACCUGCUGACUGAGCUUCUCCUCAUCAUUCAACGCACCCGCCUGAUCCGGGAUCUGGAGCUCCCCAACCUAUCAGCUACAACCAAGAGCCUCAUCUCUCCUUACAGGAAGCUGCUGUACAACCUGUCUGAGGGGAUUACUGUUGGUGACCUGAAACAUGUGAAGUUCUUGUUAAACAACCAGCUUCCGCGUAGAAAACUGGAGGAGAACUUUUCUACACUAGAGGUCUUUCUGGAGAUGGAGCACAUGGACCUCAUCAGUGACACUAAUCUAGAUUUACUGGAGACCAUAAUUCAGUCAGUCUGUCCCAUGCUGAAUGAUAAGAUCAACCACUUUAAAGCACUGCAGUUAACUCACACCAGCCCUGGAGCUCAAGAAACGGGUCGACCAAGGUCCAUGUCGUGCCCUUUCAAACCAAACGAGCUCCCUCGACCUUUAGAUUCUAAGAGGACUGCGUCAUUUGAAAUCCCAGAACAAGAAUUAAAUUCAUUGGCCGAGUCUACCAUGAAUACUUCCAACACCUCUAUGGAUUUGGCAAAUGGGUUUAAUGGUGAUGAUGAAUGUGAGGCCCUGUCACAUGGACUGUGUAGUUUGAACAAUGAAGCAAGCAGCUGUGCCUCGUCGGAAGGACACUUGAGGAUUGAUGUUUUGGAAAUACCAGCACAAGAAAACAACAAGGCCUCUUCUGAACAGCAGACAUUUCAGACUGCAAACACAAACGUUGAGGUGUGUGAUGUUUUGGCAACAUAUCCUAUGACUUCAGCAAAGAGAGGUAUUUGCUUGAUAAUAAACAAUUACGACUUCACUAAAUCCCAAGUUCUCCUAAAUAGGGGGGGGACCAGGUGGGAUGAAGAGUGUCUGCACAGAGUGUUUAAGUGGCUUGGCUUUGAGGUUGAGAUACAGAGGGACUGUAAGAGGGAGAAGAUGCUGUCUGUGUUGCAGGAGCUUGGCCGCAGACCAAUCCACAGUCAGAUGGACUGUCUAGUAUGCUGCAUUCUCAGCCACGGCAUAGAAGGAGCUGUGUACGGCGUGGAAGGCCACGCUGUAAAGAUAAAAGAGCUGAUGGAACCUGUCAAUGGAUGGAAUUGCGCCUCUUUGAAAGAAAAACCUAAGCUGUUUUUCAUCCAGGCCUGCCAGGGCAAGAGUGAGCAGAGGCCUGUCUACAUUGAGCCUGAUGGUCCUGUUUUCAGCGAUGCUAUUCAAGCUAAUGUGUCCAUCCCAUCUGAUGCCGAUUUCCUGCUGGGAAUGGCCACCGUACCUUCUUUUGUCUCUUUCAGAGACCGAAAAAAUGGCUCGUGGUUUAUUCAGUCAUUGUGCCAAAAUCUUGUCCAGUUGGUGCCAAGGGGUUUUGAUCUUGUGUCUAUCCUGACUAAAGUGAAUGCAGAUGUCAGCAAGAAGACUGAAAUCACCGGUGUAAGAAAGCAGAUGCCUCAACCGGCCUUCUCACUCAGGAAGAAAGUGGUCUUUCCGAUCCCCCAAGCCUCUCCACCAAGCCUGUCGCGCUGACGACAAUAAUUGUAUUGAUUGAUAUAUUUUCACAACAACACCGGAACCAGCUUCAUUUGAUAAUCAUGACCAUGAGAUGUGAUUUAAAGCUGAGAAAAAGCUUGUAAGUGGCCUUCAGUGGAUUAAGUAGAUUUGUCACAUUUUUAUUUUUUCUACCUAUAUGAUGCACACAGUUUACACACAUGCAUAUUCACAGCAUUGCAUUUUCUCUUGAUGUUUAAUGUUGAACUUUAAUGGACUCUUUGAGCUAAUCCACACUAAUCCAGGAGGAAAUGCAACAACCAACGACCUCUGUAUUCUUUUCAUUUUAUUUCUUUGUACAACCACAAAGUAUAUUCUUCCCAAUGUGAUUUUAUUAUGGUUGCCAUUGUUAUUAAAUAUGACUGUAAUGUAUUGUCACACAUCAGAAAUCCAUGAAAACUUUGAAGCAUUUCCAGGAAAACUCAGCAGUUUUCUAUCAAAUCAAACAAUACCAUUUAUUAAACUGCCAAUGUCAAAAUGUUUUAUAAUUUCUAGUCAUUAUGAUUGUUUUUUGGAUGCAUGUAAAUAGACCCUUUACUAAUCUUCUCUUACCGUCUAUUACAUUCAUAACUUGCAGUCUUCAAUGCAACCAUUGUAAGAGAACACCUUGAAAUGACCCUAAUGCCAA